AUGUACACCGACACCUACAGAAACACGUUCGUCGUGGACGCGCUCGAGCGGCUCCGGCUCGUCAAAGUAGCUCACAACUACUCACCCCAGCCGUCGCAGCAGGAGAGCGACAAGCUGCCCUCCGACUCCCAGAAAUCACAACUCGACCUCGAGAACGGCGAGCUGCCCUUCGACUCCCAGAAAUCACAACUCGACCUCGAGAACGGCGAGCUGCCCUUCGACUCCCAGAAAUCACAACUCGACCUCGAGAAAGCCGGCUCGGAUCGCGCGUCGCAGGAGCUCGCGCGCCAGGACGUCAGCGUCAGCGCUGCCGCCUCCAGCGAGGCCCCCGACCCCUUCCUCGUCGACUGGAACGGGCCCAACGACCCAGAACACCCGCUCAACUGGUCCAAGGGCAAAAAGGGUUUCGUGGUCCUCCAGAUCAUGAUCCUCACCUGUGUCACCUACAUGGGCGCCUCCAUCUACACCCCGGGCCAGGAAUACAUCCAACAGGAAUUCGGCGUCGGCCACGUUGUCGGCACCCUCAACCUGUCCAUGUACGUUCUGGGCUACGGCCUCGGUCCCAUGAUCUUCUCCCCACUCUCGGAAGUCGCCAGCGUGGGUCGCCAAAACAUCUACAUGAUCACCUUGUUUUUCUUUAUGAUCUUUCAAGUCGGCGCUGCCACGGUCCACAACAUCGGCGGUCUCAUCGUGAUUCGUUUCAUCUCCGGUGUCCUGUGUUCGCCUCCACUAGCCACUGGUGCCGGUAGCAUGGGUGACUUCAUUCAACCACAACUCGUACCAAUUUUCAUCGGUCUAUGGGCCGUCGGCGCCGUUGCCGCCCCAGUCAUGGCGCCUCUAUUGGGUGCCGCUAUGACCGUGGCAGAGGACUGGAGAUUCAUCUUUUGGUUACUCAUGUGGCUUGCCGCUGCUACUUUCAUUCUUUUGGCCUUAUUCUUCCCAGAAACUCAACACAACAAUAUUUUACACCGUCGUGCGGCUAGAAUUAGAGCCGAGACCGGCGAUUCUCGUUACUACACCAAGCAGCAACGCAUCGAUGCUGAAAUCCACAUCAAAGACUUUGUCGUCGAUAUCCUAUACCGACCAUUUGCUAUCAUCAUCCAAGAACCCAUUGUACUGGCCUUCGAUGCCUAUAUCGCCUUGUGUUACGGUGCGUUUUACCUGUUCUUCGAGGCUUUCCCCAUUGUCUUUGUCGGCAUCUACAAUUUCACUUUGGUCGAGGUGGGUCUUGCUUACCUUGGGUUCUGCGUCGGUUGUGUAAUUGCCUACAUUGUGCUGCUAAUCUUCUUGGCUAAAGUCAUCGCACCAAAAUUCCAGAACAACACUUUCGUACCGGAAUCCUUCUUACUUUUGGCAAUGGGCGUUUGUUGGUCGUUGCCUCUCUCGUUGUUUUUGUUCGGCUGGGGCGCUGGUACCCAUUGGAUUGUCCCAAUUAUCGCACAAAUCUUCUUCGUGCUUUGCGUCUUCAACCUAUUUCAAGCCACAUUUGCCUACUUGGCUAUUUGUUACCCACGUUACAUGGCAUCCGUCUUCGCUGGUAAUGGUUUCAUGCGUGCUGUCUUUGCAUGCGCCUUCCCACUGUUUGGUCAGGCCAUGUACAAUAACUUGGGUUCCGAAAAAUACCCAGUUGGAUGGGGAUCUUCGCUGAUCGGAUUCUUCUGUAUUGCUUUAGCAGCAAUCCCAUUCGUUUUCUACAAGUACGGUCCUCAACUUAGAGGUAAGUCUUCCUAUGCCAAUUGA